CGGAUCCCUCACUCCAGUCUCUCCAGAGUCUCCACCCAAAAAUAGCAAAACCAGAAGGAAUAGGAAAAAGAAUAGUGCUGGUAAAAGUGAGAGAGAGAGAGAGAGAGAGAGAGGAGAGAGACAAUUAAUGGAGGAUAGUGUGAGAAACUGUAAGCGGAAUGCCGUGGUGGAGGGCUCAAGCGCAGGCGCGGGGGUGUCCAAGAGGAGGAGAGUUGUUGGUUUGGCUUCGUCGAAUGUCGACCUAGAGAACCAGAGUUUGUGCAUGGAUUCCGGCGGAAUGAACGCCGGUGACUUGUGCUCGAGCUUUUGUACGGACCAGUUCCCGGCGUCUUGUUGCUCCAGCAAUGAGUCGAGCGAGGUCGUGAGGGACAACUUGAGGCUCUUAGAUCUGGAGGCCAAGAGUUUCGAAACCGUAGACUCAACGUAUAUCAACAGAAAAUUCAGCACAGUGACGACGACGUCGAGCGAGCUCUGCGAAGACUCAGACGAAAUGGACUCGCUGGCGACGAAGCCUCCGGCGGCGCAGACUCCACCUAAGGCGGAGAUCGAGGAGUUCUUCGCGAAGGCUGAGAAGUACGAGCAAAAGCGGUUCGCCGAGAAGUACAACUAUGACAUUGUGAAGGAUGUGCCCUUGGAGGGUCGGUACCAGUGGUUUCGUUUGAAGCCAUGAAUGAAUUAGGGGGCGAGAGAGAGACGCUAAAAUGACGGUGGGUAGCAUAGAAAGUUGCAUGCGACUUUUGACUGUUUUUGGUUUUAGGAAAUUGGGAGGUAGAACCGUAGAACGAAGGUGGUUUUCUUUGUUUAUUGUACAGCUUUUUCUUCAUCUACUACUAUGUAAGAACGAAGCUUUGUAGAUUGUACUCUUAAAAGAAGCUUCUGUCUCUGCAAACUAACAGCCCUUUUGGAAUGAAACAAAUUUCAAGUACUUCAAAAAAAAAAAAAAAAAAAAAAAACAUUUCCAGCCCUGUUCCCCCAUCUCUCUGUACAGACAGUGAUUUGAAUUUGUAUUUUUAUUAUUUUUCUUGUGUUUUUUCAAUGGGGGUGCAUUGCAUUGAUGAAAUGACGUACUUUUGGUUUGGAAAAGUGCUUUUUGUUUGGGCUUGUUUUGGCUGUGUUAAGGUUCCUUUCAUCAGCUUGCUCUUUUUGCAGCUACUUUCUUAUCCUUCUUUUUUCUCCCCACUAUGAUCCGAGCCUUUUUUUGUUUGGAGUUUCAAUAAUAGAAUAUGAUUCUUAUAA